AUGGACCUGCGCAAUGAGCCGCUCUGGCAGUGGCCUUCGAGCUCUGCCUCCGUCUCAGCUUCGGACCCUGACUUUAAUGUAAGGCAGAGUCCAGAAGAUGUUGCUGGACCUGAUGAACCUUCGCAAUCUUCAGGCGAGACUUCCGAAAAGCAUUACCCUCCUCGUACAUGUCGCAUCUGCCUGGAGACCGUCUACCCUACCUUCCCUCCUCCAUCCGAACACCUGCCUGGGUUUCUCCAGUCCAAGCAACGCGUGACAUACCAGUCCUCAGACCCGGAGUCGGGUCGGUUGCUCCGCCCUUGCAAAUGCAAAGGAUCCUCACGUUAUGUGCAUGAGGGAUGUCUACAACUUUGGCGACAUGCGGACCCAGGCUAUGGCAAGAGGAAUUACUGGCACUGUCCGACAUGUGGCUUCCACUAUCGCUUAGAGCGCCUCCGAUGGGCACACUGGAUCAGUAGCCCAUUGACGCAGCUUGGACUUACUUUAAUUAUUCUAAUGUUGACUGUAUUUUUACUUGGUUUUAUUGCUGACCCGAUCAUUAAUCUAUACGUGGACCCUAUGGACCCCAUUAUCCGCUCGGACUACUGGGAUACACGCCCUGUGUCGAGUAUAUUACCUGACAAUGAAGAGGCUUCCUGGACCGAGCACUUCAUCAAGGGGCUAGCCUCUUUGGGCUUCCUGUCUUUCAUCAAGGCUGUGUUUGCGCUUUCUUCAUGGCAUGGAUUGACACUGCGCGGCACAGGGAUGUUUGGUGGCGGAAGGAAUUCUGGCCGCAACCGGGUCGCGUGGUUGGUCAUCGUCAUCGGUGUUGGUAGUUUCCUUUGGGCCGUCUACAAAGGUGUAAGAACAUGGAGCUGCAGGGCUUUAGAAAAAGCCGGAGAGCGAGUCAUGGAUGUUCCGUUGCCCGACGACGAGGAUGAAGAUGAUCAAGCCUCUGCUGAAAAGUCCGAGGAAAGUAAGAAGGAAGACUGA